UAAAUCUAUAUACACACCAACAACAAAACACAACCCUAAAACCUAAAAGGAUUUCACCUCCUCCGGCAACAACCUCCCUUGUUUCAUUCUUCCUUCCAAAAAAAAAAAGAAUUUCCGUUUGUGAAUGGUGGAAAUCUUGAAUCACCGGUGGAUGAUCUCCCCCCUCCUCUUCAGGGGGAUCUCAUUCAACCAAGGCUGGUACUACCGCUGCAUCGGCGUUGAUCCCUGAAUUCCAUUUCAUCCAUUUUCAUCUUUGUUUCAUUCAUAUAAAUAAUUAUAUAUUGUUUUCCUAAAUUAUAAGCCGUAUUUGUUUUUUAAAAAGAAAGAAAGAAGGAUGUUGUUAACGAAACAUAGGAAAAAUCAGACAUCAAAACCGGUCGGGAACCGGUUUUUGAUUAGCAUUACGGUUGUGGGCAGCGCGGGUCCUAUACGAUUUGUAGUAAAUGAAAGUGAGAUGGUAGAUAAUGUGAUUGAUACUUCCCUUAAAUCUUAUGCUCGUGAAGGCCGUCUUCCUGUCCUUGGCUCUAAUGUUAAUGAUUUUCUUCUCUAUUGCCCUGUUCUUGGGACAGAAGCUUUGAAACCAUGGGAAAUGAUUGGAUCAUUUGGAGUAAGGAAUUUCAUGUUAUGUAAGAAACCGAAAGCGCAUAAUGUGGUGGUAGAAGACGAUGGCAAACCGGUGUCGGUUGGAAUGACAAGGAAGAGUUCUGGUAGCUGGAAGGCAUGGUUUAAUAAAUCACUCAAUCUGAAAGUAUCUUCACAUUGAGUAAUUCUUUGCUCAAAAUAAAGAGAUACAUACAUAGAUACAUUUAAUCAUUGUGCUCUCUAAUUACAAUCCAAUAAUCACAAUCUGGAAUUUGCUACUCGUAUUUUUUAUGUUUAGAAUAUGAAUUCGUUUGGAUUCUUGAUUGCUCUUCACAAGAUAAGGAUUGAAGUUUGAUAGUAUGUGGUUAGGGUUUUGUUUAUGUUUUUGUUUUUUUUUUUCUUUUUCAAAUCAAAUGUCAAUUUAAUGAUAUGUUUAUGUUGCAAUAAAGGACAUGUUACUUCUACUUUUGUUUUUGUAUGUAACAUCAAUUGGUAUAUGUAACAUGUUACAUCAAUAUUUGAUGGAAGGUCUAUUUAUGUACUA